GGAUGAAGUAUCGGAUUGCAAACGCGCGUACGCGAUGGAUGUUUUCAGAAAUGGAGACCGUUUUUAUGAUUUUGAAGAUGUUUUGAAGAAAAUAAGGGAAUACGAAAUAGCUACCAAUACUAAUUUUUAUCGGAGAGACUCAAGAACUAUAGCAGCUGCACGAAAAAGAGGAAUAAAACGGAAUAUUAAGCCAGAAUUGCUAUUUUACUCUAUUACCUUUGCAUGUAUACAAGGAGGUAAAACGCAUAAAAAUUGUUCCUCGGGAAAAAGACCAAAUCAAAGGACAUUUAGGCAGCAUUGCUCAUCUAGCAUCAGUUUCCUGUUGUCAAGUGAUGGACACUACCUAGAAUUGAAGUCUAUUAACAAUGAACAUAAUCAUGACACUUCUGAGGCUCUGUUUAAACAACUGCCAAGAGAAAGAAGACUUCCAAAGGAAAUGACUAAGGAGGCAGAGUCCUUGAUCUCUCUCAAAGUAAACAAGAAGCUGUUGAGAGACCAUCUUGAACAGAAGACUGGGAAAAAAGUAUCACUCAAAGAUAUCACCAAUUUGCAAACAAUUAUCAAAAACAGAUCAAAAUGUCAUGAUGUUGCUAGCUUGGUAAAGAAACUCCUCAUUGACCAUGGAACAAUAGUUGAAUUGUUUGCAUCAGAGGAUAAUGUUUUGCAAGGUUUGUUUUACCAGGACAAGGAAAUGCUGCAAAACUUUGAAAAUUACCCAGAAAUUCUCUUCAUUGAUUCUACAUUUAAGGUGAAUAAUCUAAGAAUGCCUUUAUAUGUCUUUCUUGUUGAAGACAGUAUGGGACAGUCAGAAAUUGCUGGACUUUGUUUCUUAGCAGCUGAAGAACAACAGCUUGUUGAUCACAUGGGGAACCUAUUCAAAAAAUUUAAUCCAUCAUAUCAGAAAAUGAAAAUGAUAAUGGCUGAUAAAGACUUUAUUGAAAGAGAGACAUUCAGAUCAGUUUUUCCUCAUAGUUCUCUACUAAUUUGUAGAUUUCAUGUACUGAAAAUAUUUCGACGUGAAAUAACAGUAGAAAAGAUGGGAAUAACUUCUUCACAAAGAAAUGCUGCACUAGAACUAAUCCAGAAACUUGUUUACAGUAGAACUGAGGACGACUAUCAGGAGGUGUACAAGGAAAUAGAAGAGGUGUGUCCUUCAGCAGUCAUUGGAUACAUUAAAAGCAACUGGCAUGGAAUUAGAAAAGAAUGGGUGUCAGGUAUGCAAUUAGAUGAAGGAACCUUUUUAAAUGCUACCAAUAACAGACUAGAAAGCUUUAACCAGAAGUUAAAAUCUGUUGUGUGUACCAAUGCAACCCUAGAUGACUUUUUUGACAAGUUUCGACCUCUCAUUAGAACAUUAAGAAAUGAAAGGGACCUUGCAGGAGCAGUUGAACUGCAAAAAGCACGUGUUUGUCAGUUUGAAGACGACUCCCCUGAGAAAAAGUACAUCACCUAUUUGACAGAUUAUGCUGCAAAAUUUGUUUUGAUAAAUAUCAAAAAGUGUCAAAAAAUGCAAAUUAGUACAGAAGAAGACACUGGAAUUCUGUAUUAUGAGGAUUCUUAUGGAAAAAUUGCAUUGAAUGACAAAAAAUGUUCCUGUAUAUUUAACAGAUCAAUGUCACUUCCUUGUGAACAUAUCCUUGUUACAAGGUUAUUUUUGGGCCUAGAUUUGUUUGAUGCAUCGCUCUGCAGCAUGAGAUGGACACUUUCUUAUUAUAGACAAAAAAUGAGAUUGCUGUCAACAGACAAAAGUGUGGAAGGACAUGUUAUCUGUUCUACUGUGAAGGAGAAAAAUGGGCCAUUGUCAGAACAUCAAAAGUACAGAAAAGCAUCAGUUAUAACAAACCAGCUUGCAUCCUUGUGUGCUGAAGUAUCAAUGGUAGAAUAUAAGAAGAGAAUAGAGCAGUUAAAUCAACUACUGACAAGCUGGAGAUCAAUAGGCAAUAGUAUAAUAUCAGAUAUUUCAAUCAGUGAAGAUGUUUUACAUGUUUUAAGUGGAUGUGACCAACCAGGGUUUUCAAACAGGACAGCAGAUAACAGUACAGCAUAUAGCAGUACAGCAGAUAUCAGUACACCAAUUUCUGGGAAUGUUAUGCACGAACAAGAUAAUCAUGAGGCAGAUCCAAUUAAUAGCAGGAAAGAUGGACAGUAUGCUGGUAAAAGUACUAACUCUACAACAGUUUUACUGCAAGGACAAACAGAUCCAAUAUGUUUGCCUUCAACAAGUAGGAUAAAUAAUGAAGGGGAUUCAGAUGCACCUGAUGCAACCGUCAUUCAAGAUUUUUUAUUCAAAAUAGCAGACAAAGCUGCAGUUAUAAGAGCAGAAAGAGGUUCAUCAAAGAUCGAUGAAGAUGAGGUUCAAGUUAUAUGGCAAGAUUUACUACCAUAUGCAGAAUCAAUUUUAAACCUGACUACUCAAGUCCAUGCUAAACAAUAUUUCACAUAUGAGGGCUGGUUAACUGUUGAAAGCACCAUAAGAAUCUUAGAAGAAAGAAUAGUGAUACCUCAAAUCCUAACUGUGAAAAAUAAACAAACAAAGAAGCCUAGAAUAGAUGAAAUUUCCAAUCAUGGCUUAAAUCUUGUUGAAAAAAAUGGUGAUGAUUUGUUGAAGUUUACAGAAGAAGAAUUUGAGAAAAUAUUAAUCAAAACACAAAAUAUGGAGAAAGAAAUUAAAGACUUCAUAAUCAGAGGUGGACAUAAAAAAUCUUUACCUAAAAUUGGAAACCCAGUUUCAGCUGUGGAAGAUUAUAUAGAUAAAACAAGAAAGUUGACUGAAAAACAACGUACAAUAUUUGCUACAUUUCUAUGCAACUCGUACAAAGAAAUAAGUUUUAGAACACCUGAUGUAGCUAGCUUGAUACACAAUAUAAUAACAUUUGUUCUGGAAUACAAGGAAACUGAUAUUGCAGAAGAGAGAAUACAUCUUGAAGUAGAUUCAGAGAACGUAAGAAAAACAUGUUUAUCUGAUGAUGGUACAGAAAACUUUGAACCUAUUGUACUCAGUGACAUAAAGUAUCCACCAAAGUUAUCCAGGAAAGGACGACCAAAAGGCAGUGAGAAAACCGUUAUUGGUAUAACAAAGAAAUCAAAGAGACAUCACCUUCAGCCUUUCUUCAAGAAAAGUAGUGGGAUAAAAGAAUUAGCAAUAUUACAGUGGAUUUUGGGAGAUGAAAAAGGAAAAACAGUUUUUGAGAAUAAAGAAAAAGUUUUUCAAAAUGAAGUACAGGACCUUGCUUUUUCAAGUGCUCUUGUUGAUGAGAGUGUAGACCUAUUAAUCGUUGAAAAGUUUUUUACAAAAGAAGCAAUGAUUGAUGUCAUGAGUGUAGUUAUGAGAAACAAAGAAAACUCAUUUCAUAAAUGUGGUUCAUGCACUAUGGAUUUGACUUUGACCACUAAUGUUGUUAAGUGCUCAUCAUGUCUAGGAUGGAAUCACUUGCCAUGUGUAUUUUUGAAAACUGUUCCAAAAGCUAAACAUUGGUAUUGUAAAAGAUGUAAGCAAAUCAAUAAAUAAAGAUUCAUCAAAAUUAUAUUCAAUAGCAUAUACAUGUAUCAUAUUGUUCCUCAUUAUGUCUGCCAUUAUUUGCUGAAAUGGUAUCAGUUUAGUUCAGACAAUUGUAUUUUUAUUUGAUAAAGUAAAGAACAAUGAAUACUACUAGAAAACGUCAUUUGUAAUUUAUGGUUAGUAAAGCCUGUCUUCCAAAUAUUUGUGCAGACGCUUGUGAUGACAAAGGAUCUUUGUAUUUUUUCCCAAUUAAGUAUGUAUUGCCAUAAUUGUAUAGCUACUGUUUCAAUAAAAUUGAUAAGUUUCUUCUUAAUGAUUUAAAACAUUGUGGUCCUUUACAGCUUUCCAUUUUUUUUGUGUAUUUGUAUUUUUAUCACUUCUUACUAUUAUUUGAUCUUGUAUACAUGUAUAUA